AUGCGUGGGGAAGGGCUGCGUCUCCAGGGAGCCGGGCAUUGGGUGCCCCGAACCUGCAGGCGGCUCCUCACCUGUCUCUGCUCUCAGAUGGAGCCCCUCGUGCGGUUUCAAACCAGAGGCCGCCUGCUGCUGCUCCCCGAGCCAGUUCCCACCGCAGACCCCCUGCACAGCCAUGUGGCACCCUGCCUGAGGCAGCUCUGCAGCCGGGGCCCACCCCCAGGUUGCGCCCCCAUCUCCGGGAGAAGCCAGGACGUGAGGAAGGGGGAGGAAAUGACGCGAACUGGCAGCGUGGACCUGGAACCAGAAACAGCCUAUGAGAAGAAGCGUGUGUCACAUGGAAUGAAUGGAGGAGCGAGCGAGUGA